GGGAAGGAAGCUGGUCCCUCCGCCAGCCAUGGGCACCCCUUCUGCCCAGGAGCCUGAGAGGUGGGCCGCUCCGAGGGCAAAUGCUGGGGCCUCUGACAUGGAGGAGCCUGGGCAAGGAGGGGCCCCCUCAUGGUGCAGCCACACGGGGGGUCAGUAGCACCUAUCCUCCAGGCUGUCCUCCUGCUGCUGCUGGGUGUCCAGGGCAGCUUUCCUGGCCCCAGGUGUGACUGCACACGUGACUUCCAGGAGAGGAAUGGUCCCUUUUGUUGCAGGGGCUGUCCUGUGGGGCACUACAUGAAGGCCCCUUGCACAGAACCCUGUGGGAACUCCACCUGCCUUCCCUGUCCCCAGGGCACCUUCUUGGCCAGGGAUAACCACUUUAAGGAUCAGUGUACCCGCUGCCAGGCCUGUGAUGAGGAGGCCUUCCAGGUGGCCUUGGAGAACUGUUCGGCAGUGGCAGACACCCGCUGCGGCUGUGAGCCUGGCUGGCUGAUUGACUGCUCCGUCAAGCCUUGUAGGGAAAAUUCACCCUUCCUCUGCCGCCGCUGCCCAGACUGUGAGGCCCUGUACACAGAGCUGCCCUGUUCCAGCAGAGACGCUGACUGUGGGCCCUGCCUGCCUGGCUUCUAUGAAUAUGGCAAUGGCUGCGUGUCCUGCCCCACGAGCAUCCUGGGGAGCUGUCCUGAGCCCUGUGCUGCUGUUUGUGGCUGGAGGCAGAUGUUCUGGGCACAGGUGCUUGUAGCUGGCCUGGUGGUCCUGUUCCUGCUUGGGGGCACCCUGAUCUAUACUUACCGCUGCUGCCAGCCUCACAAACCAGUGGUUCCUGAAAAAGCUGGGACUGAGGCUCCGACCCCACUGCAGGCCACCCAACUCUCAGCCUCUGAAAGUGCCCACACCCUUCUGGUGCCCCCUGGCAGCAGUGGGAAGGUCUGCACCGUCCAGUUGGUAGACAACAGCCGGACCCCUGACUGCCCUCAGAUCCAGGAAGUGCCCUGCCAGCAGGUGCCACAGUCCUGGGACCAGCUGCCCAGCAGAGAUCUUGGCCCGCCUCUGGCACCCCCGCUCUCGCCAGCACCCUCUGCAGGCUCGUCUGCUGCAGUGCUCCAGCCUGGCCCGCAACUAUAUGACGUGAUGGACGCUGUCCCAGCGCGGCGCUGGAAGGAGUUUGUGCGCACUCUGGGCCUGCGUGAGGCAGAGAUUGAGGCUGUGGAGGUAGAAAUUGGCCGCUUCCGGGACCAGCAGUAUGAGAUGCUCAAGCGCUGGCGCCAGCAGCAGCCCGCGGGUCUGGGCGCAGUCUACGCGGCCCUAGAGCGCAUGGGGCUGGAUGGCUGCGCCGAGGACCUCCGCAGCCGCCUGCAGCGCGGAGCGUGACACAGGGCCCACCGGCCACUUUGACAUUCUGGUGACCCUUGCAGAAGCCUUAAGUACAGUUACUUAUGUGUGUAGACAUUUUAUGUCACUUACUAAGCUGGUGGCACGGCCCUGUGUAGCAAGCAGCGCCAGCAAGCCUCCUCCCUGCUCACCUGCAGAGCUCGGGUUAAGGCGAAGAAGGAUGAAUGACUGUCGGGAGAGACUUGCUCUGAGUUUCGCGGGGCCUUGGUAUUAAAUCCCUGAAGAAAAGCA